AAACAGCGUUUCAGUGGGUUUCUGCCAAAGUAACGAACACAUUUUAGAACAUGUCCAUCUGUCAACAUCUCACCUGAAAGCAGAACAAGUCAAACACGUGUGUUUUGACAGAGAAGUAUGUGCGGGCAUCAAACAGGUCAGUCCUCUCUAUGGGUGUGUGUGUGUGGGUGUGACUUUCUAGGAAAAAAGGGUGAGGAACCUGUAGACCGUGCAUCUUCUCGGACUUCUUAAACUGUUGAAAUACGGGACCUUCUCGCUCGGCGACUGCAGCGAGUCAGAGACACGACAACCCGCUCUGGCGAGUCUCUAAAGAAGUCAAGAACGCAGCCAGGACGCGGACGCGUGUCCUCCGUCGGUCCAAGGCUCCUGCAGACGCAUCUGGAUGUCUUCCUUUCGGGAGUCACGGCGUGAAUAGUCCCGGGAAGCCCCACCUCCACCACCCCGUGUGUUAUUCUCGGCGUGAUCUCCUUGCGGCGUGGAGCGCGCCGCACAGUGCCGUGGAUCCGCCGCUUCGCAUCGACGAGGAGGCUUUUUUUUGUUUGUUGCGCGGACACAACCCGCCGCUCACUGACAGUCGGGACUUUUUUUUUAUUAUUUAUUUUUGUAAUACGUGUCCGUGUAAUAAUGUCGCCGCUGAGGACGCACAGCUGAAUGUGAGCAGUGUGGAUCCGGCGGGUAGUUAAAGAGAAGAAGGUGAGCGCGCACCUUGCAUCCAGCCAUGGGAGGUCAGAUCACCAGGAACACCUUCUACGAUUCUCUGAACGGGCCGUUUCCCACCACGUCGCACCGAUGCCACCACAAGCCCAAGCGCUGCCUCCCCAUGCAGCCGUGUGGAAGUUUGUCGUCCUUCCCUCUCCUCUUCCAUCCCAGCACUAAAGGCUCGCAGAUUGUCAUGGACAUGUCGCAGAGGACCGUCAAAAGACAGGCCAGCUUCUGCAACGCCAUCACCUUCAGCAACAGACCCAUCGCCGUGUACGAACAAGUUCGGCUGAAGAUCACUAAAAAGCAGUGCUGCUGGAGCGGCGCUCUUCGUCUUGGUUUCACAUCCAAAGACCCAUCAAGGAUCAACCCUGAUACUUUGCCAAAGUACGCCUGCCCCGACCUGGUUUCCCAGAGCGGCUUCUGGGCGAAGGCCCUGCCGGAGGAGCUCUCCAAUGAGGGAAAUGUCAUCUCCUUCUGGGUGGACAAGAAGGGCCGGGUGUUCUACCGCAUCAACGACUCCAGCCCAAUGCUGUUCUUCAGCGGGGUGCAAGUCUCUGAACCGCUGUGGGCUCUGAUAGACAUCUACGGCCUCACCAGGGGGGUCCAGCUCUUGGACAGCGAGAUGGUGACCCUCGACUGCCUGCGUCCUCGUUCUUUCGCUGCCUCCCACCGGGACUCCAUUCAGCGACACGGGGACGACCCCCGCCUUUCCAUCAGCCUGUGCGACCUGAGCCUGCAGCAACAGGAGACGCAUCUGGAGGAAGAUGAUGAUGAGGAGGAGGAGGAGGAGGAGGAACGCCUACAGCGCUUAAGCGCCGCCUCCUGCCACGUGCCCCAAAAUUCGCAGAAUUCGCAGCAGUGCUCGCUGCUGCCCAGCUGCCUGGACACCGAUCUGCACUUCCACCCGGUGCACGGCGCCCACGUCACCGCGCUGGACAAGCACACGAUGGCGCGGCUGGAUCACCGCGGCGACGAGAGAACCCUGGCGUUCACCAGUCGGCCGAUGCGCUGCUCGGAGACCAUAUUUGUGAAGGUGAAGGCGGGGGCCGCGCGCCCCGGGUCCCUCUCCUACGGCGUGACGUCAUGCGACCCGGCCGGCCUGAGGCCCAGUGACCUCCCGUCCAACCCCGAGUCCCUGGUUGACCGCAAGGAGUUCUGGGCCGUGCGCCGGGUGGCCGCGGCGCUCCACAGCGGAGACAUCUUGGGCUUCGUGGUGAACGUUGAAGGGGAGGUCAGGAUGAGCCAGAACGGCACCAGUGCAGGGAUGCAGCUGUGCGUUGAUAACUCCAGGCCGCUCUGGAUGUUCUACGGCCUGCACGGCAGCUUCACGCAACUCAGGAUUUUAGGUUCAUCUUCACAUCCAGACUCACAAGGCGUGUCGGUCCCCAGCUCCCCAUCCUGUACCCCAACCCCCAACCCCCCCGCAAUGCUCGGCAGCGGCAACUCCGAACCCAACCUCAACACGCCCUUGAACAUCAACCUCAAUUCAAGCCUCAAUUCCAGCUACUACACCGUCUUCUCCUCCUCCACAGGUACGACCCCAAGCUCUCCAUUUUCCAGCCACCCAGAGUCGCCUUCCUUCCCAUCCUACUCGGGCUCGUGGAGCGACGAAUGCACCAUUUGCUACGAGAAUGCUGUGGACACGGUCCUCUACGCCUGUGGGCACAUGUGUCUCUGCUACGCCUGCGGUCUCAAACUAAAGAAGAUGGCCAACGCAUGCUGCCCCAUCUGUAGGAGGACAAUCAAAGAUAUCAUCAAGACCUACCGGAGCAUGUAGGCUUGUGUGAAGACAGUGUGUCGCAUCGUCAGGUUCAGCUCAAGGUUUUCAAAGCCAUGUAAGAUUUUGUAAAGAUGGAUGCAGCACAAGCGAAAUCCCCGCUUGUUUGCGUGUGCAAUCUUGCUCAGGUACUCAAAAGGACUUAAAACUCUAUAAUUAAAGCAUUAUUUCUAUUUUAUGCUCCAAGUUUCUGCCUAUAGCGUCUCACAGUAAGAACCAAGCAAUCGGGUUCAUCACAACGUGUGAUCAACGGAAAACAAAUACUGUGCAGGUGCUGCACACAAGACCGUGACCUACUAUUGUCUUGUGACUCAUUGCUUUGUGCAUCUGUUGAAGGGAAUCGGUAAUCUGAAGAGCCAUCUGUCCUACUUCCCUGCAGAUAAGCACUUCAUUCUGCUGGGGAUAGCAUCGCUGCUAGCUAGUUUUUUAAGAAAUAAAAAUUGUCCAGAAUCGUUGGAUUGCAGUGGGUUGUUGGGCUAUAUUAGAGUAGGAAUCAAUUUUUUGAGAUAAAUUAUAUUUGACAUUGCCUGAAUGCUUCAAGAAAUGAGAAAAGAAAAAGAUUUUUAAGUUUUUAAAUGGUGGAAUGGCGUGUCCGUGUCAUAAACUAUUUGGACUUCUCACUAGUAUUUCUGCACGGUUCGGGUUAGUGCAAAGGGCAAAAAAGUGAGAGCGCUGUCACCAUAGAAGGUCACGCUCCAGGUGAAUGAGGACGUGAAUCAGUGAUGGAGGAUGUAGGUUUGGUAGGAAGAAAGGGGAAGAGGGGGCACCUUACGGUGCGUGUCUGCACAUCGUUCCAGUGCAGAGGGAGUGUUUGCUCACUCAGGCACACCCCAUACAUCAGAGGUUUGUAUGAAAGCCUGUGACAUGUGGGACUUGCAUGAGUUGCACGUCCCGCUACUUGGCAGCCUCGGUGAGCCGGCAGGAUGCUGCGACGGGGCAAAUGAUUCAAAUAAACAUCGCAGGGCAGUGAAGUAUUUUGAAGAUGUUGAACGAGCAAAUUGGGGCGACUUGAAUCGACCUCUUCGUCGUUUGCAGGAAACUUGUGAAAUCCCACCAUAAGUCACAGAUGGCUGUGCUUACUUCAGGUUACGCACUUCUCUUUCAUAUGUACAUACAAAUUAAACAUGAAUAUUUGAUUUCACUGGUGACGUAUUUGAGCACACUGUCUUCAAGUGGAUGAAUCAAAUCACUUGAGUGCAGACAGGGGCGAGAAGGUAGCCUGUUACCGUGGGACGUUGUGAGAUGUUAAUUUGCAUAUCGGUUUCAGAGUGCUGCUCUUCAUCUGCAAAAGCAAACUCCAAGGACAUUUUCCCUCAACUAAGCUCAUGCAUUAUGUGCUGCUUUGAAUUGUUAAGAAACACAAGCUAUUUUCAGGUGUUAUUUUGGCCUCGCUUUAACAUUACUCAGUAAUUUAUAAAUUAGUAAGUGUUGAUUUUUUUUUUGUAUUGUUCAAUGUGUUGAAGCUUGUCAUUUUGCCGUCGUGGUGGAAAAUGAGCAGCCAUGUUGUAUAAUACUGGAGUCACCGUUAGGUUUUCUUGUGUGCCUUUAAGAAGUCUGGACACACUUUUAGUCUCACUGUGAAAUCCAGGAGGUUCAUAUUCAUCUUAGUUAUUCUUAGAUAGUUGUGAUGUCUCUCAUGUGAGCAAGUUUAACCACACAACCUACGAAUACAAACAUUUCAGUGUGCUUAAUAUCAGUGUGUAAAUUUAUUUACUGCUAAAGAUGAAAUGUUUGAAUAUUGCCUUGUUCCCUCUGUCACUGCAUUGCAUUAUACUGGAAUUUGUUGUGCUAGACGGAUGCUCAGCCUUUUACAAUUCUACCUGUUUUUUUCCUCUUCCUGACCAAAUAUGACCCAACGGAAAUUAAAUAUUUGUGAAACAUUUCUGAUAGAAAAAUAGUAUAGAUGAGUGUGAUAUUAUUAUUAUGUAUAUGCUGAUUCUAUUUAUUUUGUCAAUACUACUAUAGAGAGUUAUCCCAGUUUGCUUAAUAAAUAGGGCUUUGGUUUCAAUAAAGAAAGAAUAGUGUUUUAUUUUAUUGGUGCAUAGUUUUAGAUUUUAAACUUUACUCCAUCGGAUAUGCUCUGUGGAUCUGUCGAGCUGAUUUUAAUUUACGGCAAUGGUUUGACAUUUUGAGGAAUAUGCUUUUUCACCACUCCCUCUACCACCGAGUAUUUCGACUGAAGUAAUGUACUCAAUGUGACAUGUGUUUUGUAUUUCAAACACAUGCUACUUAACACAUUGAAGUUUGAUGUUGUUUAUUCAGUCGCACCAGUAAGAUUAUGGCAAUAAUCUCAAUAAUAAUUUAACUUGGAUGGGAGCACUUCAAAUUUUGAUGCCGUGCAUUUGACAUUUUGGGAUUACCAUAUGUUAGAAUUUUUACUUCAAUUAACCAUGACUAUUUUUACAAUAAUAUGCUAUUAAAUGUGUACCUGAAAACAAAAAAAGCGCUUUAAAAUGCUCUCAUGCUGCGAUUAUAUAUCGCAGAAUAUAUAUGCAGAAGCAUAUCACCCAACCCCCGGUGUCCCCUCAGGUAAAACAGUUAGCCCUGUCAGCCCGUUUGUCGUUGGUUGCACUGCUAGCGUUGUUAGCACCGUUUGUCGUUGGUUGCACUGCUAGCGAUGUUAGCACCGUUUGUCGUUGGUUGCACUGCUAGCGUUGUUAGCACUGUUUGCUGCGAGUCGCCUGCUCUGUUGUCUCCUCGUUGAGAUCAAAUUAAAAAAGCUCCUGAUCUUGUGUAAAGUUAAUUUAAAGACAGAUUAGCCAGCUGGAAAUAGCUAGCCAGAUUUCAUCAAACAUUAAAAUAUCUGCCAACAAGCUCACAGCCAGUAACUUCUAGAAUAAAUGUUCUAAAGUUCUUCACAAGCAAGCUUUAUCAUGCAAGUGCACGUUAGAUUUGCUUGCAGGCAUAUUUGGUCAAUUUUUAAUUAAGGUUGUAAAUCAUCUCAGAAUUUCAUUAAAUUGAUUUCUUUGGACAAUGAUGCAAUGCAUUUUUGAUUUGAUUGAAUUUAAGGGCCUGCAAUCGAUAUGAGACGACAUCAUACGUCCAUUUAACACCAACAGUGAUAUUUAUAUUGACUCAAAAAGCAACUGAAAUAUGUUUUAACCAUUGUAUGACGUGCUUGGAAGGGAAUUGGAGCUACAAAUGUGCCUCUAGAACAUAGGAAGGUGCAUAGGCAUGGGAUGAUUUUAUUGAGGUUUUCACUUUGCAUUGACAAUAUUUGGUCGUUGAAUUCAUAUACUGAGGUGUACCUUUGCACCCUUACUCUGGACAGCGGCAGGUCUCUUUGCUCAUCUAACUGGAUUUUAAAGUUUUAUCAAUUAUAUUAACCAAUUCUUCGCCAGAAAUCGAAUAAGCAUAUUUUACAAGAUGUCCGACCUUUUGUUAAACAACAUAUAAGAUACUAAAGAAUGCUUUUAAAGGGAAUAAAUGUGUAAAGAUGGCAUCGCUAAGGCUACUUGGAACUACUUGUGCAUAUUUCAAUGAUAUCUUGAAUUUGUGUUGUAGUGAAGCAGACAUGGGUGGUUCGCAUAUAUGAUCAUAACUUUGACAGGCUGUUAUUUCAAGUGUGACCAAAUGUGUGCUGUCCAAGCAGUAACUAUACCAGCAACUGGGCAUUGUGCAUUUUGGAUCAAGAAAAUCGGCUUAUAACUUUGGGUUCCUUGGCUUGAAAUUUAUAUAUCAGUUGUUAAACAUUUUUACCGUGGUUUAAUUAUGUUGAGUUUGAUAAAUAAAGUUUCUGAGUCACCUGCUUC